AUGCAAGAGAUCACGAUCCACAAUAAAGAGGUCCGUAGAGUUUUGCUGAAUCUUGACGUGAAUAAGACUAAGGGACCUGACGGUAUACCUGCGCGCGUCCUAAAGGCCUGUGCACCUGAGCUGUCUCCUAUUCUCACGCGCCUGUACUGCCUCUCUCUUCAAACUAGAACGGUGCCAAAAUCUUGGAAGCUGGCUAAUGUGCAGCCAGUGCCCAAAAAGGGUAGCCGAGUGAAUCCCUGCAACUACCGACCAAUCGCCAUCACCUCCAUGCUUUGCAAAGUAAUGGAAAAGGUGCUUAACAGCAAGUUGCUGAACUACCUAGAAGACAAUGAACUCCUCAGUGACCACCAAUACGGCUUUCGUCAGGGGCGGUCUACUGGAGAUCUUCUGAUGUAUGUCACACACUGCUGGGGCGAAGCCAUUGAGAAACAUGGUGAGGCGCUCGCUGUAUCACUAGAUAUCUCGAAGGCCUUGAUACACGUGUUUGGAAGCAAUGAUGUGGUGCCGUUGCAUAAUUCGACCGAAAAAAGUUUUAUUUACAAUGUGUACAACUAUAACACCUUAAUAGACGUGACCGUGAAUGGAACGACGACACACAUACUAGACUUCAAAGAGAAUUCCGAUCUCCUCUCCGUGUAUCCGACGCGCGUCCACGUCAGUACAAAUGACACUCUACAAGCUGACUACCCUCUCUUUGUUACUGCUGCACAGCAAAAGGGAGUAUCGUCAUGGGAACUACCGCUGGUAGUCAGCACGAAGCAGGCGGUGCUGCAGUUCAAUGACAUGGCAAGGACUCUAUGUCCUCAUGACGCUGGACCGAAUAUAACCGCCCAAAGCAGGCCCACACUGACGUUGGCCACGUCGAGUCCAACAGACGUAUCAGUGCGAAUAAAACUUAGACGUGUAGAAGACUUUUACGUCGAGAUAAAUAAGAAUGUACAAUUGAACGUGACCCCAAGCACACCGAAGUAUUACUAUUUCUCAUUUGAUCGAGAUCCAUUCGAAAGUUUACAUUCAUCAAAUCCGCUCUUCCCACGAUUCAACUACACAAUACCUAAAAGUGUGCUACUGAAAAUUAAUUCGGAUGACCACGUGUGUGCAACGGUAUCGAUACAAAAUAAUUCGUGUCCAGUCUUCGACAACGAGAAGGAUGUGUUGUACCAAGGUUGCCAUUUCACGAUGACUACAAAAGGUGGAAUUACGGUGACGCAAGCGAUGUUCCCUCGAGGCUUCUACAUCGUGUUCAUAGUGAAGGAGAGUGAUGAAGAGUGUACAGGAAUCAAGGACGACCAUGGCCCCCACACCGACAGACGUACUAAGACAUUUAGCUUCAGCGUGGUAGCGUCGGCUACAACACAGGACUAUUUGACCUUCGUUCUAACCUCGCUGGCUCUCACUCUACUGGCGAUUCUACUGGCCAUUACCGUUUUCCCACCGACCUGCCGACAACCCGAGGUGGUUGAAAUCGAAGACAGUCCUGGACCUUCAGGCUACCAAGGUGUUCAAUCAUCAGAGCCUACGGGAUACAGACCCCAGAAAGAUGAAUCUGAUACCGAUAUAGACUCGGAGCCAGAUCUAGACGAUAAAUCUCUACCUGUUCCUCUGAACGUGGCGAGGUUGAGUCGGUCACGUCCAAUAGCACAUAAUCGAAGAUCAAAUAGGUACUUCUGGAGCGCUCUUACUGUAGCGGUAGUGUACGCUCUACCCGUCGUGCAGUUAUUGUUCACUUACCAACGGAUGGUAUACCAGACAGGCGACCAGGAUGUAUGCUACUAUAACUUCCUGUGCGCUCUGCCACUGGGUGCCUUGGCUGACUUCAACCACGUGUUCUCCAAUGCUGGCUAUGUUCUACUGGGGCUGGCCUUCAUGCUGCAGGUUCGCUGUAGAGCGCCAAGAGACCACCAGGAGGAACUGGGUAUCCCGGAACACCGUGGCUUACUGUACUCCAUGGGGCUGGCUCUAAUCAUGGAGGGGGUGCUUUCCGCCUGUUACCACCUCUGUCCUAACAAGAUGAACUUUCAAUUUGAUUCAUCAUUUAUGUACGUGAUAGCAGUUCUUUGCAUCGUCAAGUUAUACCAGAGUCGACACUCUGACGUCAACGCGAGUGCCCACGCUACUUUCAUGUUGCUCGCCUUUUUGAUGGCCAUUGGAGUGUUUGGCAUAAUAUAUCCCAACGUGUACUUUUGGGCGUUCUUCACUAUCGGUCACUUUGCGGUCUGCUUCUUUCUAACGUUGAAAAUAUAUUACGUCGGCAGAUUAAAGAUUGGCAGUACGAUGGUGAAGCUUGCGUGGAAUGGAGUCAAAACCAAAGGUCGGUCUGCGUUCAGACCGAACUACCCAGCCAGGGCGAUUUUCUUAGCGGUUGCGAAUAUAGCGAAUUGGGUUUUGGCGGGAUACGGGCUGUACGAGCACAACGCGGACUUCGCGCGCCACCUGCUGGCCGUGCUGCUGGGGAACGCGAUCCUGUACACGGUGGGCUACGUGGUGCUGAAGCUGGCGCACCGGGAGCGCGUGCCCGGGCGCGCCUGGCUGUGGCUGGCGCUGGCCGCCGCGCUCUGGGCGCUGGCCGCCGCGCUCUUCCUGGACUCGCGCACCAAGUGGUCGCAAACAGCCGCCCAAUCUCGCACGCACAACGCUGAAUGUUCAGCGCUUCAAGCGUUCGACACACACGAUCUUUGGCACCUGGCUUCAGCAUCAGCUAUUUUCUUCUCCUUUAACGCCCUGCUCAUCAUAGAUGACCCCCUGGCAAACACCCCCCGGAAUGAAAUACCUGUCUUCUAGAAGAUUAUUCGAAGAAUUUCGGUAAGAAAGAGGAUCAGGAAUCAGGAUAGAUGGUAGAGAGGUUUCGAAUAUUGACUUUAGUAAAAAAUAAACAUUCUUGCUAAAGUGUU